CAUUGUGUGUCAGCUUUUUUGUGCCUCCUGCACGCAUCACAGACGCACCUAGACGGCUUCAUCGUGCAUCUUUGUGCUCCUGGAUACCUCUGUUGUUGGUGCGCGUGAGCAAUCGGGCUUUCAUUAGCGCUGACGUCUCGAAAUGAGGCUGCUCCUCUCCACGCUGGCACUGGCCGCCAGCCUCCAAGCCCCACGACGACCAACAAAGCAGCACACGCUCCUCGAAGCGAAGCGCAGCAGCAAGCCCCCAUCAUCAAAAGGGCCGCGACGGAUCACGUCCGACGGCGUCAAGCGCUCGGGCCUGUCAUUAAGGACGCAGCUGUCCCUCGUACGCGCCGUGAACAACGCGCAAGCACCAACGAAGCAAGUGCGAGAGAAGAAGCGGACGGGCAUCACGAAGCGGAACGAGACCAGAGCUAACGUCACCGAGGUCCUCUACGAGCGCAGUUUGUUAUUAGUGGACGGCUACAACGUCGUCUUCGGGAGUCCCAACCUCAAGCAGAUGUCGGAGAAGUCCCUGGACCAGGCGCGAGAAGCGCUGGUCGCGGGCUGCGAGUCCGUCGCCUCUGCGCGAAACUGGGACGUCGUCGUGGUUUUUGACGCGCCGCAGACGGAUGACGAGAGGAUCGAGGACGUGCGGAGUCCGCGGACGACCGUAGUGUUCACCGAUAGAAUGGAAAGUGCGGACGCGUUCAUCGAGAAAAUUGCGGAAGAGCGGCGCAAUUUGGGCGACGGCGCGACCCUGGUGGCCACGAACGACGGCAUGAUCCGGCUCAUGGCCGCGGCGCGCAACGCCGGCGUGCUGAACGUCGCGGGGUUGAUUGAUGCCAUCGACGGCGCAGAAAAAGCUCUCGCGUCGCGCCUCAAGGCGGGCCGCGCGGCCAACGCUAUGCAAAAGGACGACUACGACGUCCUCGCCGAUUUAGCGGCGCGGCACACGAGCGCCGCCGAGGAGCAGCGGAACGCUUUGAGAGCGCAGCAGCGGUCGGACCACCGGCGCUUGUUGGAGCGGAUCGCAUCAAAACGCUCCCUCGUGGACGUGGCUCGAUUAGCCGCCGUCGAGCGGACGAUGGGCGACGGAGAUCGGAAGGCCUUCGACGGGGACAAGCGGCUGCUCGGGCUGUUGGACUUGCUGGGGACGGCCUGGUGGGAAGGUGCGGAGGGCGAGGCGCUCGGGGGUGUGCCGCCGUGACGCAUCGACGGCGUACUGUGUGUAAAUAAUCUACUAUGUGACACAAGGAUAUAAC